CAAUUAAUCAUGCCAUUAAUUCGCAAGGAGGGCAAGGACACCAUCAUUUUCGCGUCCAAGGAGGACCACGCGGCUCCCAGCAAGAUCAGUUUGCCGGAUCCGGAACCUAGUCCUGGUCUGCUGCUGCCUAACGGUGAGAUCAACUGGAAUUGCCCUUGUCUAGGUGGUAUGGCGACCGGGCCGUGUGGAUUAGAGUUUCGCGAGGCUUUCUCCUGUUUCCAUUACUCGACCGCGGAUCCAAAGGGCUCCGACUGUCGUAAGGUAUUCGAAACGAUGCAGGACUGCAUGUUGCAGUACCCAGCGCUGUACGAGAGCAGAGGCGCACCUUCGGAGGACGACCUGGACGACGAGGAGGAGCUGGCUGAAGGAAUGGAAAAGUCAGCUUCCAGCGAGGAGAAGAGAAAGGCAAUCGCUAGUCAGGACGAGAUAUUAGAGACGACGACUGAGAACAGAGUGAACACUUCGAGUACGAAACAAGAAGUGGAGCGAGCCAAGACUAACUGAAUCGAUGUUACUUACACUUUGCGCACUUCGCUGUUUCAAGGUGACAUUAUAGUGUCUUUUUUCUCUUCUGUUAAUGAAUAUUUUAUGUUUUUUCGAGAGAGCACGAUAUCACGCCUUGUUAUAUUGCGGUGUAGUAUUUGAAGACGCGUUUUUCUAACGCAUAAGUAAUGAGACUUAAAACGUGAAAGAUCUCUCUAACUUGAACAAAAGUGACGAUAGGAUAACUAGAAAACACUAGGAGGGCGCAAUUAUUUUUCUGAUAUUUCAUAGAUUUAUCAGAUCAAAGCCUAGAGAGGAUAAAUUUAAAAAGCGUGUUUGUAUAGAGUAAUUAGAGAAUUUAUGGUAAGUCUGGAUAUAGUCAAUUGUGCAGUAAAGUUGUUCAAAGAUUUUAUGUUAGUCUGUUAUUAAAAAGAUCUUAUUAA